UCCUGCAAGCUGGUGGAGGCACUGGGCAACCGCUGCAACUUCGGUCGUGUCGCGACCCUGGCCAUCUACCAAGCCAUCAACCUCCCAAUCCAUGUAUUGGGUGUUGCGACCAAAAUUCUGUGUGCCUGCAUCGACGUUUACACCGCCAGCACGUGCUUGCUCAGAUUCGCUCCGUUUUGCGGACCGGUCCACUCGUUGAUGGGAAAGGUCUGGGGCAUCAAUGAUUCGGUUUGGGAGGCCACAAAGGUACACUAUUCAGCUAUUUUUUCUAUAGACUAGUACGGGGGGAUCCGUGUAGCUUUUCUUUUGUGAUUAAUUGCGUCGCGCCGGAUCAGGAGGCUUUCCCAUGAUUUCCUUCCCUUUACACAAAACAGGCCGUCACCAGCAAAUGCAAGGUUAUUGGCAGCCCGUUAGUGGCCAGCCCGCCAUAG